AUGCUACGCGCGACCUGCAGGACUCUUGGCGGUCAGCGGCGCUGGUGGAAAGAGGGUCGCCCGGACUUUAUGCGCGCAAAUGAGCGGCGAAUGCGUCUGGAGCGACGCCGCAUCGAUGCGAGUCGCUAUUACGCCCCGGUGGAGCCCACACCGCAGCAGGCAUGCACGCUCUACAGGCAGCUGCUGAAGGCCGGGCACGCCCAACUCCGCGUGACGGACAAGGCGUACUACGUCAGAAAGCUGCGUCGUGAGUUUGAAGUGACAGCGCGACAAACGAGUGCCAGGGUGCGGGGCAUCAUGUACGAGAAGGGUCAAUGGAUGCUGCUGAACAAAUUGGGUGGUAUUGUGUGA